AGUUGUGGCCUGCUUCAGCGCUGCGUUCGUCGUUCUGUGGCUUCAGUUUGACGUCUCGCUCGAACCAAUCCAUGGUUAUGAGCUUUCCCGUGCGGGAAUACCUUGGUAUGCUGGAAGGGGGAAACAGGAACCUGGGAGCCGUUUGAAUCCUGUAAAACCUCCAGAUACCCAAAAGGACCGUCCACCAACCUCACAAGCCUCACCCCAAUUUCUGGAGGCCACCCCGAAACCCAAAGAGCUCAUGCCAAGUACUACUAUCAUCGGAACUGCGCCAGGAUGGACUCUGUUUGAAAAUUUGUACAUGUCAAAUGGAGCCUUGCUAAUCAUCUCUGACGACCCACGCUCUUCAUUCCCUGACCCCCUCCUUCUCACGAGCACAGGUGCCCCUGCCGAGAAUACACCAGAGAACAUCAAAGCACGAGAACCAACCAAAGACCACUUCGAUAUCAUCUCUCGUGACGUUGCACGCUCGCGUUACGGAAAACGUAUAUCCACCAUCUCUGAUACUACAUUCCUUUUCAACGACCCACGCCAAUUUCUGGACCAUUACUAUCAUUUUGCUGCUGAACUUCUGCUUGGAGCCUGGCGCAUGUACUCAGGUUGGCUUGACCCCACCAUAGACAAGCGCGGAAAGACCAAGCUUCCGGACCCGGCACGAGCUAUUUUUGCCCAUGCAUACGCCGACGAAUGGAGAGAUUACAUUGGCUACAAUCAAUAUUUCCUACAUGCUGCCUUCCCUUCAAUUGGUCUUGAAACAGAAAUUGACUGGAAGGGCCGAAUCAUCAUGACAAAUGGCACAUACGGCACCCUCGAAGACAAUGGAGCAAGUGGGACGGCUAGGGCAUGGCGGUUUGAUCGUGUAUUGUUGGUCGAUCGAAGUGCUGCAUUCCGGAGUGAGCUCACCGGAGCGAUCACUCAGCGUACCGCGGCAUCGGCAUACUUCUCAAAUCAUGAUAAGGCCAGUCAGUUUUGGUGGGAGACGAUUCGGAGACGUGUUCUUUCAUUUGCACGCGUGCCAAACGAGAUUCUUGAUUACUCCAUUCCCGCGGGACUUCGAGAUCGUGGAAACCGUGAGGAACCCCCGAUUUUAAUUACUUAUGUCAGUCGACAAGGCUGGCGAAGAAGGCUAAUCGAAGAAGACCACAUUAAGUUGGUGGAGUCCCUUGAGGAAUUAUGCAAAUCGAAGCGUUGGGAAUUUCUUAUUUUCCAUCCGGAGAGAUAUAACAGGGAUCAGCAGCUGGAAAUUGCGGCACGGACUACAGUGAUGCUUGGCGUGCACGGAAACGGCCUAACGCAUGUCAUCGCCAUGCCGAGGCGACCGAUCUCUACCGUUAUUGAAAUAUUUUAUCCAAAGGGUUUCGCAAAGGACUACCAGUGGACGGCAGAGGCACUCGGCCACAAACACUUUUCAAUUUGGAACAAUUCAUAUUUCUCCUCGCCUAACUUGCCUUGGGUUAAUUAUCCUGAAGGUUUCCAAGGCACGCAAAUCCCUGUUCACGGUCCAACCGUUGCCAGGCUCAUCGAAGAUCGGGUCGAAGGACGUCUACCUAACCCACCACUCCCCUUGUCUACUGCACGACCAAAUUCUUAAGUGGUAGACGAGGACAAGUCACUGUGUGCUUCAUCCAUAUCAUAAUUGGAGCUGACACUUUCGUAUCGCAACAUCCUGUACUAUAUCAAUAUUUGGGGUUUAGUCUUAUCGUUUUGGGCUGUCUUCUUAGCUAAUUAUUUACAUACAUACAUACUUGUUGUAGUGUCAUUUAUGCAAAGUAUCGUCAGACCGGCCUGACCCG